AUGCCUGUAAAAGAAGUCGUACAGAAUCUUUUCACAGAAAAUGUGCCUGCAAUAAACGAGAAAUGUGGCAGUAAAAAUGAGGUGCAAAAUUUUAGUGAAUUAGUAGAUGAACAACAACGAAAUAAGAAGAAAAUUUUAUGUCGUCGUUGUCAAUGUAUUAUUUUUGGUGCUAAACGAGCGACACUUCUAAAAGGAAAGGAUCCAAAAGAAUUAAAAGAAAUGAGUGUUGGUGGAAUGGAAGGUAAACAGACGGAAAAAACGGAUAUUUGGUGGUUUACAACUAACGAAUAUGCAUUUGAUACGAUCGGUUUCCUGACUGUAGAUAAUUUGGAUGUCCUGAUGUGUGGUGAUUGUGAAUUUGGCCCAAUUGGAUGGCGCACAUCAGAUAACAAGAAUUUCUGGAUUGCUGCUGAACGAAUGAACUAUGUUUGA